AUGAGAUUACAAUUUUUCAAGAUUUUAAUUUUAAUAUUUGUGUCAUCAAUUGUGGUUUUAUCAUCAUUUUUUUUAAUUUCUUUAGACGAUACUACAUUUAAAAAUAAAAAUGAUAAUAUAAUACCCAUUAAACCAACUACACCUCCGGUCACUAUCUCAACAAAAAGCAGUGAUUUAUUUACUCCUAAAAAUAAAGUGGUUGUUUUAGAAAGGGAAAUUAUUAAAGAAGUAAUAAAAGAAGUGUGUAAUAAUAAUAAAAUUGAAUUAGUACCAAACUCCAGUGAACAAUUAACAAAUAAUAAUAAUAAUAAUAAUAAUAAUAAUAAUAAUAAUAAUAGUUUAAAUAUUAAUAGUAAUAAAAAUUUAAACAAUAUUAGUAAUAAUAAUAAUAAUAAUUAUUUAAAUAGUAAUAAUAGUAUUAAUAGUAACAGCAAUAGUAAAAGCAAUAGUAAUAGUAAUAGUAACAAUAAUAAUUAUAAUAAUGAUAAUACCAAUAAUUAUAAUAAUUUGAAUGUAGAAGAUAAAUUGUAUGGAUUUAAAGAUAAACAAUCAAUGAUUAGUUAUUUCCUUUCAUAUCAAUAUUAUUAUUAUUUAGAAGAAAAUAAUUAUCAACAUAUAAAUAAAACUAAUUAUGAUUUAUCAAAAUACCAAUUCCCAAAAUUAGUAAAAAUACAAAGUGAUUUCAGACCAACAAUAGAUGAAACAAAAAAAAAUAUUGAAAAACUUAGGGAAGAAUAUUAUAUAUCACAAAUAAAACAAAAUUUAUCUGUUGUUGAAAAUAAUAAAAUUAUUAAUAAUAAUAAUACUAAUAAUAAUAAUAGUAGUAAUAGUAAUAAUAAUAAUAAUAAUAAUAAUAAUAAUAAUAAUAAUAAUAAUAAUAUUAAUAAUAAUAUUAAAAUUGAAAAUAAAAAUAAUAAUAUUUUAGCAAAUGGAGAAAAAAAUAAUAAUGGUUUUAAAACUCUUGAUAUUGAAAUUAAUGAAAUGUUAAAUAGAGGUAUAAAUGGAAUUCAGGAUAUUAAAAGAUUACAAGAACUUAUUGAAAUGAAAGGUGAUGGUGGUGAUCAUUCAAAUCAUAAUUUAGAAUCUCCAACUCCCUCACAAAUAGUAGAUUUCAAAAAUACUAAUGAAUAUUAUAAACAAUCAUUGAAAAUAAUUAGAGCCAGAAUAUGGAAUGAUUUUUAUUCAAAUUAUUGGAGAGAUAAAAACUUUAUAAAAUUUUCAAUUGAUAAUGGUUUGGCUCCAUUUGAAGCACCAAAACUUUCUUUACCAUUAAAUACUUCAACACCACUUUUAACAACUCCAUAUAUAUUUAUACAUUUACCAAAAGUUGGUGGAACAUCAAUGCAAUAUCAUUUUAAAAAACAAUUUAAUAAAGGUUCAAUUCAACAAUGGGGUUUUCCAAAUUCAAAAGAGAUUAUAGAUGUACAAAAUGCCGAAAGUGUUAUUUUGGGUCAUUUUGGAUAUGGACUUCAUUAUGUUUUAAAAGAAGAUUCUCAAAAAACUUAUAAUUAUCUUACAAUGUUAAGAGAUCCAGUUGAUAGAGUUAUAAGUCAUUACUUUUAUCAUAAAUCAACUUCAUUCGAUGAAGAACAUAUCCCUGCUCGUGAUAAUAACCUUGAACAGUGGUUAGAAAUAUCACCUCGAGGUACAAAUGAAAUGACUAGACAUUUAUCAGGUAUUACUGUAAUUGAAGAGUUUUUACCAACUAAUGAAACAUUUAAUAUGGCAAUGUAUCAUUUACGUUCAAUGAAAUUCGUUGGAAUUACAGAAAGAUUUGAAGAAACAUUAGCACUCCUUAAAUUUUAUAUAGGUCUUGAUGAUCCUGUUGUUUCUGAUAAAAAGAAUGUAGCUCGUACCAAACCAAAGCCAUCUGAUGUUUCACCUGCAACUAUUGAAAAAAUUAAAGAAAAAAAUUGGAUGGAUAUUUUAUUAUAUGAAGAAGCUUUAAAAAUGUUUGAAAGACAAAUCAAUAUCGUUGGUAGAGUUAAUUUUGAAAAUCAAUUAAAUAAAAUAUUAAAAAAAUAA